UAUAUAGUGAAUGCGGGGUCCGGGGAGAGGGAGACCGGAUAUAGUGAAUGCAGGGUCCGGGGAGAGACCGGAUAUAGUGAAUGCAGGGUCCGAGGAGAACGGAUAUAGUGAAUGCAGGGUCCGGGCAGACCGGAUAUAGUGAAUGCAGGGUCCGGGCAGACCGGAUAUAGUGAAUGCAGGGUCCGGGGAGAGCGUAUAAGGUGAAUGCAGGGGUCCGGGGAGAACGGAUAUAGUGAAUGCAGGGUCCGGGGAGACCGGAUAUAGUGAAUGCGGGGUCCGGGGAGAGCGGAUAUAGUGAAUGCAGGGUCCGGGGAGACC